AGGUGAUUAUUUGUUGUCUACCCAAUAAGAAGAGAAGAGAAGAGAAGAGAAACACAGGGCAGGCCAGUCCCAUUGAAUUCAGAAGAAAGGGCGACACUGAGGGAGAGCUGAAUUCUCAAGGCAUGGAAGGUGGGUCCCCAGACCAAGAAUCAGUUGGGUCUGGUACAAAAAGGUCCACUGUGUCUUCUGGCAGUAAAUCUCGUAAUCACAAGGAAUUUUUGUACAGAUUUAUUGAUUGUGAAGUUUUUACUUCAAAUCUUGAAGAUUGGUUUCAAUCAUUAUAUGAGAAGUCAGCACCGAUGAAGCCUGCCUUUGGUGUACCAUUUGAGUUGAUAGAGCUUCAAAAAUUUGACUAUGCUUUGGAAGGGGUUUCAUUCCAACAGCUUAUUCGAAUGCCAAAUGCUGUUUAUGCUUCAACAUCUGAUUCUGCUGAAGCAACUGCUUAUCUCGCUGUUGAAGAUUUUUUACAUGCAACUGUAAAGGGCUUGUGGGAGGCAUUUUGGAGUCAAGAUGAACCAAUGCCUUUCUCUAUUGCCUGUCUUUACAAAGAAAAUUUAAAAUUUUACCAGGCCGAGAACGCAAUAGCUAGUGGGAGGCUCGGUAGUCUCUGCGCUUCUGGUAUAUUGCUUAAGAACCCAAGACAUCCUCAUGGAAAGUGGGACAAUCUUCUUGAACUGGCUCUUGUGAGGCCUGAUAUCCAAAUCCUUUCUGUGGAAAGCGAACAACAGCCUUCUUUACUUGUCCUAGGCGAGGCUCUUUUCUAUGCCUUGCGCAUGCUCAUCUCAAGAAGCUUAAGCAAACAGAAUUUUUCUCUGGGUUCAAAUUUUGCCUAUGUUCUUCUUGUUGAUUCUCAAUAUGGUGGUGUUGUGAAAGUUGAAGGAGAUGUAAAUAAAAUGGAGUUUGAUGUGAAUAAUAUCUACAAGUGUGCUGCUGAGUGGAUUCAAAGGCAUUCCAGAAUUGCUGUAUCCCCGGUUGAUAGGAUCUGGAACAAGCUUGGAAAUGCCAAUUGGGAAGAUAUUGGUGCUUUGCAGGUAACUUUUGCAACUUUUCAUUGUAUUAUGCAGUUUGUUGGCCUGCCUAAGCACUCCAUUGAAGAUUUAGCUGCUGAUCAUGGUUGCCGCCUCCAAACAAGGAGGCUUGAGAGGCAACUGGGGGAUACUAGAGUGAAUGGAAAUAGUUUAUUCAAGUUCCAGCAGCACAGUGUCUCUCCCGAAAUUGUUGAAGUUCAGGAUGAAUCUGUUAAACUUGAGUCUGAGUCACUGAAGCUUGAAGUAGGAUCUGUAUUAUGGUUGGAUGAUUCAAACUGGGAAAGAGGUUAUCAGAUUAACCAAAUCCGGAGUAAUGGCGAGCUUCCUUAUUACGUUGCAUCUCCAGUUGAAGACCCAGGAAAGUCUCUCUUUCUCUAUGUGGGUUCCCAUCCUUCUCAGCUGGAAGCAGCAUGGGAAGAUAUGAAUUUAUGGUAUCUAGUUCAGAGACAAACCAAAGUAUUGACUAUUAUGAAACAGAAAGGCCUAUCUAGCAAAUAUCUGCCACAAGUGAGUGCAUCUGGAAGGAUCAUUCAUCCUGGUCAGUGUCGGAGACCUAGUUCAGGUGGAAACUGUGAUCACCCUUGGUGUGGCACCCCAAUUCUUGUGACCAGUCCAAUCGGUGAAACUGUUGCUGAUAUGGUAAGUGAAGGUCAAUUUGGCGUGGAUGAUGCUAUCAAGUGUUGUCAUGACUGUUUAUCUGCACUUUCUACUGCCUCUUCAGAAGGUGUUAGGCAUGGAGAUAUUCGGCCGGAAAAUGUGAUCUGUGUAAGAUCUGGUGAAAGCCAUCCUUAUUUUGUUCUUAUUGGUUGGGGACAUGCUAUUUUAGAAGAUAGGGAUCGCCCUGCAAUGAACCUUCAUUUUUCAUCAACUUAUGCUUUACAAGAGGGAAAGUUGUGCUCAGCAUCAGAUGCUGAGAGCCUGGUUUACAUGCUCUAUUUUGCCUGUGGAGGUGCUUUCCCUGAUCUUGAUUCUGUUGAAGGGGAACUGCAGUGGAGGGAGACAUUGUGGUCUAGGAGAUUGAUUCAGCAGAAACUGGGCGAUGUGUCACCCGUAUUGAAAGCAUUUGCCGAUUAUGUUGAUAGUUUGUGUGGAACACCUUAUCCUAUGGAUUAUGACAUAUGGUUACGAAGGUUUAAGAGGAGCAUUCGUGAGGAGGAUCAUGGAAAGGAAAUUGAUGCAUCUAUCUAGAUUAAUGUUUUAAGAGCCAUUCUGGCCAUGACUAGCCCAGCCUACUCUUUAGGUCAUGGGAUGCUUGUACUUUUAUCUUCAGGGACCGGACUGUUCAAAAUUUUUGCAUGGGUUACAGUUCUCCCACGACCAGCUCAAUCACGGUAGUUACGUAUUCUGUUGUCUACGGAAUAUCUUGGUUCAAGGGAAAACGAGGCAUUCUGAUGAGAUAUCUUGUAGUGUGCUCAUGCCCUUGGGUUUGGAGAAUUUAUCUGGAUUUCGUUUGGGUGGGAUCCGACAUGAUGUGGAGGUGAUGGAGUAUCAUUUCUUGGCUUUUUGUUUCUUCUUUUUCUCUUUCCCGUGUAAAAAGAUACAAGCAGUGUGGAGCCAUUUGUUUUAGCCUUGUUGAAGAUGAUGAUUUGAAAUUAUUGUGGGCGUCUUCCUUUACUGUAAAUGAACUGUGAGGUAGUUGCUUCGGCGGUUUCGGAUUCCGAUUGUCGCAAGUAUUUCUUUGCAAAUUUGUGCUACUCUUGAAUUUCAUCCUCUGCGACUGGCUUUGCUGAGAACAGGAUCAUGAGGGUUUGGCAUGCAAAUCAAACCUUUCCCUUUCAUACUCGGUCGGCUACUCAGGACCUUACCAAUUAGUUGUUGGCUUGGGGAUUUGUGGUUUCC